AUAGCGUCAGAGUCACACACUCUCCCCUCUCAGCUCGAUCGAGGACACUUUUCGUUUCUUUUUUUUUUUGGGGGGGGGGGACACUUUUACUCUCUGGCUUCCAGUGGGAAUUAACUGCGUGCGCCCAAGCUUUGCGUCGUUUGCCACAACGCGGUGAUUUUAUAUUUUGCUGAGUUUGAAAACCUUGGAGGCAAACAUGCCGGAGAGGAUCAGCAUUUCGGACUUUGUGGUUCUGACCAAUGAGGAUCUGUCGUCGCCGGCCACGUCCACCUUUCAGGCCAAAAUGAACGACUGCAGGAGCACCGUGUCCGCCGUGGAGGAGUCACUGGAGAUGGAUCACCUGACUCUCCAAAAGAUGAAGAAGAUGAUCAAAGCCAUCCACAACUCCGGAAUCACUCACAUCGAAGCCAAGGAGCAAUACACUGAAGUCCUGGAGAGGCUGGGCAACAGCCACCUGAGCCAGGACAACAACGAGGUCUCCACGGGCUUCCUCAACCUGGCCGUCUUCACCCGAGAAGUCACGGCCCUGCUCAAGAAUCUGGUGCAGAACCUCAACAACAUCAUGGCCUUCCCUUUGGAAAAUGUGCUGAAAUCAGAGCUGCGCGACAGCAGAUUGGAGCUGAAGAAACAGAUGGAGAGGAGUUGGAAAGAGUACGACUUAAAAAUAGCAAAAUUGGAGAAGGAGCGCAGGGAAAAGAGCAGACAGCUCAUUCGGACGGAGGGAUCGGACGGAGGGGAGGACAUGGAGAGGGAGAGGAGGACCUUCCAGCUACAGAUGUGCGAGUACCUUUUGAAGAUCCAGGAGCUGAAGGUCCGCCAAGGCCCGGAUCUCCUCCAGAGCCUCAUAAAGUUCUUCCAGGCCCAGCUCAGUUUCUUUCAGGAUGGGCUGAAAGCUGCAGAAAAUAUUGCUCCCUUUGUGGAGAAACUGGCUUCCUCGGUUCACACGGUACGACUAGACCAGGACGAGGAAGUCAAACAACUCACUCAGCUGAGGGAUUCUCUUCGCUUGCUCCUGCAAGUGGACGGCAAAGAGGAAUAUCUAAACAGGAAGAACUCGGGCAACGGCUACAGCAUCCACCAGCCGCAGGGCAACAAGCAGUACGGGACUGAGAAGUCGGGUUUCUUGCUCAAAAAGAGUGACGGGAUCAGAAAAGUGUGGCAGAAGAGGAAAUGUGGAGUCAAAUUUGGCUGCCUUACCAUCUCUCACAGCACGAUCAAUCGACCACCGGCCAAGCUCAAUCUCCUGACCUGUCAGGUGCGACCUAACCCGGAGGACCGCAGAGCCUUUGACCUAGUUACUCAUAACCGGACAUACCAUUUCCAGACAGAGGACGAGCAGGAAUGUGUGAUCUGGGUGUCGGUGCUUCAGAACAGCAAGGAGGAGGCCCUGAACACGGCACUGGGAGGAGAUCAGCUCCACCUCCAGGACAGCGGCCUGCAGGAACUUUCCAGAUCUAUUAUCAGCGAACUUCGCCACAUGCCCGGCAACGAGGCCUGCGCUGACUGCGGCGCACCAGAUCCAACAUGGCUGUCCACAAAUCUCGGCAUUCUGACCUGCAUCGAAUGCUCUGGGAUCCACAGAGAACUGGGUGUCCACUACUCCAGGAUCCAGUCACUGACCCUGGACCUCCUGAGCACCUCUGAGUUACUGUUGGCGGUCAGCAUUGGUAACACAAGAUUCAACGACUUCAUGGAAGCAGGUCUUCCAAGUGAUACUAUCAAACCUUUGCCACAGAGUGACAUGAAUGCCAGAAAGGAGUACAUUGUCGCAAAGUACGCCGAGCGUCGCUACGUCCUGCGCAGGGAGGCGACUGAACCCGGCCAGCUGUACGACGCUGUGAAGAGUCGGGACCUGACCUCUCUGCUGCAGCUCUUCGCCGAGGGAGCAGACCUUACCAGACCGCUCUCGGCGAACGACGGGCAGGGUCUGAAAGAAACCUCUCUUCAUCUGGCUGUGCGUCUGGAAGAAAGAAGCUCUCUGGCUAUCGUGGACUUCUUGUGCCAGAACAGCAACUGCUUGGAGAAGAGGACAGCGGAAGGCAACACAGCUCUGCACUACAGCGUCCUCCAUCACAAGCCCGAGUCACUCAAGUUGCUGCUCAAAGCCAAGGCUACUCUUCACAUAGUGAACUCUGCAGGAGAGACUGCCCUUGAUAUCGCCAGGAGGCUGCAGCACACACAAUGUGUUGAGCUGUUGGAGCUGGCGCACAAUGGGAAGUUUAACUCUCAGAUUCACGUGGAGUUCAUGUGGGACACUCAAGCUCAGGAAAUCUACGACAGCGAGGAUGACCUGGACGAGAGGGUGAGCCCAAUACCCAAGAACCGCUCUCCGGCCGCCUCAAACGGAGGCGUUGGAUCCCGCUGUAGUGUGGUGAGCAGCGCCAGUGGUAACCCAGGCAACAGACCUUGUCAGACCUACGAGAACCUGGAGUUCCUCUACAGAAAUCCCCCAGCCAACAGUCCCCCCUCUGGCCUAGCAAUGCCACCACCGCUGCCUGCUAAAUCCACCCCUAAAGGUCGCUCCGACCCUCAGCUCCCGGUCACAGUGCCGGAAGUGAACCUAAAUCCUCCAAGACGUGCCUCAAACCCGUCCGCCAACACCUCCGGUUUCCAGACCCAAGCCCGACAGAGCCCCACUUCACCUAGCAUAGAGAAUCAGGCCCCGGGUGGCAAAACACACAAGGGAAGCGUGCUGAGGACUCAUAGACAUUCUGGGGAAGUGCAAGCCGGCACUGGUUCUGCCUCUCAAAGCACUUCCACGUCCUCCCAGAACCACAUUGGGCCUGUCAGUUCCGAGAAGACCACAUCUUAUCGUCGCACGUGCAGCGGAGGAGGCAACCAGGGCAAGUGUGCCACGUUGUCUCCCACCAGCAACCAGGAGGAGCCGUAUUGUACUUUGGGGGGAAAUUGCGCCGGCUUCAGCCCGGUACCCACCGCGGUUGCCCCGUCUUCUUCGCCGGGUGUCACCUCUGCCCUUCGACCACGCCGGAACGCUAUGGUUUCGGGCAACAGGCACCAACAGAAGCGGGUCAAGGCGUUAGUGGACUGCAGACCCGCCAAUUCGGAGCAGUUGACCUUUUUCAAAGACGAGACCAUUGUGGUCACGGUCUCCGCUGAUCCCCACUGGUGGGUUGGUUACAUAGAAGGGGACUCGUCCAGGAGCGGGACCUUCCCCAUCAACUACGUCCAGAAAGUAGCAGAUUAAACACGUUUGCGAAUGACGAACUGAGCCAGCGUCGGAUGCUCGUUGGCAUGAUUACGUUAUAGCGGUCAAGUGGACUUUUAUGCUGUUUUCCCAUGUGGAUUUGCUCAAACCGCAACGUGGUGAGCGAAUUCUGGACACUCCCGGGCAGAGACUACACAGUAUGAUUUGAAAUUCUCGACCAGGAAUAGAAAACUCUCAAAAAUCUUAAUGAACACCUCUGUCCUUAUAUUGAACUUUUUUCAGUUGACUAAAAUGUUUGUAUUAACAGGUACGGCGGUCGGCAUACACAACCAUUUUCCCGUAACUUGCCGGGCUAAUCUCUUUUUUAAAAUGCACUUUAAACUCACACGGAAGAAUUCCUCAGAAAUGGGUGUUCAUAUCUCAAAAGGCCAGCUGCUGUCUCAAGAAGUUGCUUGCUGCUGUUAUGAGCUUAAAUGGGAAUAGUGUUUUGUGACUUGAGUCAAAAAUAUAUGUAAAUUAACAGGGUUAAUUAAGAGACUAUUGGGCUGGAUUUACACUAUCUGGUCCAAGUGCCCAAUUAAGACUUAAUGCUUAUGUCAGAUUCAUCAUUUUGCUAUAGUUUUGUUUAACAGGGAGUGUUUGAUCAUGUUUAUUUAUGUAGUUUGGACCGAUGUAUAUUUUACUGAUCAGUAUAUUUCAAUAAUGGGGGCACGUAGCUGAUACUUAUCAGACUUUUAAUCACAUUUGGAAGAGGCCGAUUCCAUUCUGAAGAUAUACGAUUCCAUGCAUAGUUUUUCCCCUUGUUUUUGCUGCUUUGGCAUAUUUCCCAAUUGUGUCUCUUGAGUACAAAAAGUCGUAAUUGUUUCAUUUGAACCAUGCAGUGUAAAAGCAGCCUCAGGAAUACUUAUUGAUAUUAGUGAUCAGUGAAGAUAUUUACUGGAGGUUUGUGUGCAGCACAAACACGCAAUUGCACUUAUUGUACAUAUUGUAACUAGCUUAUGGUAUUUAGGAACUUUUUUAUAUACUGACAUAUAACUAAAAAAUGUGUAACUCAUGUCAUGGGGAUUACUGUACAUGUUAAUUGAUGUAUAUACUUGUCUAAAAUGCCCACUGAUAUACGUGUGUUCGUACUUCUCCCCUCGCCCACCACACUAUUAGAUACACUUGUACAUUGUUUAUUUUUAAAAGGAAUUAAUACAGUCUGUUUUGUACUGUGCUCAAUAUUGCAUUUAUUGUUGCGCAUACACAUUAAAUGUCUCUACUCAAGCACCAUCUAGUCAUAAUAUCCACUCGCUGGACACUUUAUUGGGUACACCUGUACACUGUAAGAGGAGUUAAUAUUCUCAGCGUAUUUGGAAAGUAACACAAUUCUUAGGAACGCCUCUCGGUAUGAUACAGUGCACUUCUGUAAUAUAUUGUUAAAUUAAUACCUCUGAUAGUGUCAUUUAUCUUUGUAAUGGUGUCAUUUACGAGCGCUGGUGUACCUAGUAUUGUGGGCCGCUAGUGUGCAGUGCAAGUUAGUUGUCGUCGUCACGUCCCAGACACAAGUAGAGCAGAAGCACAAAGAGAACAAAGCUGCUAAGUGCUUCUUUUUGCUCGAUACAAGCAUGAAUCAAUUCAAUUAUUUAGUGCGGCCUACACUGGCUGCACGCAUUCAAAACGUGCAGCGCUUGUCCUUUCCCUGGGAGUGUUGCGUAACGCUCGGCACGUUUAAAUGAAACACUGUUGCCAGUAAGUUACUGUAAUUUAAGUUUAUAGUAUUAAAAACUACAUAUUACUUUCACAGUAACUGGGUGUUACUGUAUUUGUAAAUUACAGUAACUAAAUGUUACUGUGUAAAUAGCACUGUAAACAGUAAAUUCACUGUAAUUCAAUUUACAGUUUUAAAAAAGUCCAUUUUAAAAAAAUACAGUAACACGCUGUUCUUGGUGUAUGACGUUAACAAAAUCCCAUGAUGCAGUGGAAAAUACUGUACAUUUAAUUACUAUAUAGUCACUUUACAGUAUUUUACUGUAUGGUAAAAACAAUGUAGAAUUUACAGAAAUGUCGAACAGUGAGUCACAACAUAAAGCGCAUCCAUCCAUCUACGCGGAGUCUGCAUUACUGCAGAUGCUGCACCAACUCUGCAUUAUUCACCCCAAAGUUCUUGAACUCUGGCAAAACUUGUCCUUCAAUAUGCAGAGGGCGUGCCAUCCUUUUUUGACCAUGACCUCAGAUUUGGAGGUCCUGAUUCCAAUACCAAGCAUGUCACACUCUGCUGCGAUUCAGACAUGGAGCUCAAUCAAAGAUUAUAAUGCAUAUUUUUAGAUUCUGUAGAUGAACGAUGUAAAGCUUAGGGUUGGGCAUAAUACUCGCUAAAUAUGUUUCUGUCGAUUGUGUGGAAUUUAUUCUUGAUUUAUCACGUCAGCAGAGGCGCUGUUGAUUCAGUCUUAACAAGUUUGCUUUCUUAAGAAGUCAAGAUGUUCUGUAUGUCUUUUGACUUGACGAGCCCUAUUAAUAGAUCAUGAUUUGUUUUGGAUCAACCAAUAUUCAACGAACAAUGGGAAAGUCCAAGGAACUAACUCUAAGAAGGAGAAUUGUAGGUUUAAAGCCUUCUGGAAUCAUUUCUAAACAACAAUAAACAAUUUGUUUUGACAGUAACCAUUGGCUUGACAAAUACUCAGAACAAUGGAAAAGAAAGAGAGAUGUUGAUUUUUUUUCAUUUUAUUUUAUUUUUUGUUUGAGGUGUCAGGGGAGUUGGGGUCUUUUGGAGCCAUGUCUAAACAAUCAUUCCACCCUCAAAAAGGUAGAUCAUUAAAAGCCUAAAAUGAAAGUGAUGCCUAUAUGAUCAUAACCCUAAUGAAUGCAUGUAAACUUCUGGUCACAACUAGAGUGGGACUAUAAUUGCACCGUUUGUCAAUAAAGGACAUUUAGGCCAAUGUAUUAUUGCUCCUUUAUUCCAAAUAGGAUAUACAAAUUGUCCCCGUUAUGUUUAUGCAACUUAACAGCUGCUGUCGCAUCUUUUAAAAGGCUUCCAAAGAGAUUUGUCUGACAGUAGCCAUUGGAUUAGCCCAAAAUGAAUAUGUCCAUGUUUAAUAUAGUGUAUGUAAACUUCUUCCCACAACUCGACGAGGACUCAAUAUCCUCUUUUGCUAAUCAAGGAAAUUUAGUCCAAUGUGCAAUUGCUCCUUUAUUCCAAAAAGCAUAGACAGAUGCUCUCGAAUCCAAUGUGUUUAUGCAAUUUGACAGCUGCGCUUGGCUCUUUAAUAUUACUAUCAUGCCUCUGUAACCUCCUCUGCAAGCAUGGCUGUCUCUUGACAGCUGCAACCCAGUGUCCAGCACAAUGACAUUCCAACCUGUCACUUAUGUAACAUAGCCCGUAUAAUAACAACAAUGUUUCUGCUUCAUAGCCAAUACGCACACUCCCUAAGCCUUGUAUGGAUUUAUAGCGUUAAUGUAUGCGCAGCACACCGCAGGAUGCAGUACUUAUCUGUGAAAAACAAGAAUGAAUAAAUCUCUGGAUUUAUUUAAGUGUGCCUCGAAUGUAUUAUUAUUAGCAUCUCUGUAUAAAAGCCAUCUGU